UUGGCAGUGCUGGGUUAAUGGUCGGGCUCAAUGAUGUUAAAGGUCUUUUCCAACCUGAACGAUUCUGUGAUGAUUCUCUCUCUGCAGAAGCACCACCAAAGAGCCAGACACACCGCCGUGUGGUGGGCACAUCUUCCCUGGCAUUUCACUCCUCCACGCCCUCCCUCCACCCCCAGAGCUUUGCUGGACACAAAGACUUAUCUCCUGGAUUUGCUGUUCCAUUUCCUUCUUCCUCGUGUGCGUGAAGGAAAAGAGGACCAGCCUCAGAAGAGCAAGGUCCAGCAAGAGCAAAGUAACCACACCGCAGAACCUGUAAUAGAUGACUAUAAAAAGAUGGGGACUCUCUUCGGCGAACUAAACAAAAGCCUUAUCAGAAUAGGCUUCACAAGGAUGUACUUUGGGGAACGGAUAGUAGAACCUGUAAUAAUUAUAUUCUUCUGGGUUAUGCUCUGGUUUCUUGGCCUGCAAGCUCUCGGACUGGUUGCUGUUCUGUGCCUUGUCAUUAUUUAUGUACAACAGUAAAAUUUUAUAGAUGCUGCUUGGAUCGUGUAUUUCAACACUGUCACUACGUCAGUGGAUUUGUGUGUUGAAGUAAAUGGGUGGCAUAGCAAAAACUGCAACUUCGAAUUGCAUUUCGCUGAACUUCCAAUGUUUAGGGUGAGGGGGACUAAAAUGAUGCAUUUUAAGCAAAAUCAGCAGUGCCCUGCUACAUCUUUGAAAGGCAGAAAAGGAGAUGUUUGUAAUAUAAUGGUGUCCAAUGUACUGUUUUCUACACUCUUGGGGCGUUUGUCCAAGGAUUGGCUCUUUGUUCCCACCCACCCGACACCUCCCCAGUGUUCUUGCUUUGUAUGGUGAAAAUGUCCUGCCUGUUUUUAAGAGGACAAUGAUUUGAGUGUCCUGUUUCACUGCUGAGGAGGGGCUCGUCUGCUGUUUGUUCCCUGAAUCUGUGUAAUUUGCUAGGUUUUCUUGCUGAAAAGCGAAAUCUGCGCAAAGGAGGUGUGCUAAAAAACCUACAAUGACAACUGUUUGUGAGGUGAAAAACAACUUCCCGACGCAAAAGCAUCUUUGGGUAGUACAGUUUGCAGCAAGCUUUUCCCCAGGAAACAAGCUGUGCCAGCAGAAUGCUUUUAUACUGAUACUCGUGGCUUCACACAAGGCUUCAGCUGUUGUUUAGGAGGAAUUGCUGUCCUGUGUUGGCCAAAUGGUCUAAUGUUGCUCUGCCUUGGUUUUGGAAAUUUACUCGGCUCCUGCUGCUAUUAUUCUUUCUUUCUUUUUAUUAAUAUACUUGCUCUUUCCCCCAGCCCUCCUCCUGAAGAUAAAUAUUUGGAUAAUUCAUGGACUUGGUAGGUAGUAACAGCUGCAGUGUUGGAGAGCUGCCAUUCCAGAAUAUUGUCUGCUUCCUCUGGGAAGUGUCUGAACAACCUGAGAGAUGUCAGAUGAGAUCUCUUCCCGAAAUUUGCUGCAGUGGGGACCCAGCUCGAGCUGGAAGCUUUGUGUACAUAAGCAAAUCAGACCUGUUUUCCUCAUGCAAGGCAGGAAUGUAGUUGAAAUCAGGUGGUCAUUUUACUUAGGAGGCUUAACCGAUUCCUUUCUGCAGCGGGCAACAAAAAUGUGUAUCAAUAGGUGCAUAUUGUGGGCGACACAAAUCAGAGAAUGGAAUAUAUACGUGUAAGAGUAGGUGCAAAAUUCAGUCUGGCUUCCAGAGAGACAGAGCAGGGAUGUAUUGAAUAUUUCCAAGUUGAAGGUGCUCGUUUAAAGAAAAGCAGUAAAAUGAGGCGGAAUCUUUACUAAAUAGGCUACCGAUUUAAUAUUUGCUGUGCGUUCCUUUUAGUAAGGAACUUAAUUCCAAAAUUAACUUCAUGUAUGGUAGAGUGAAAUUAUACAUUAGAGAAAUGUAAUAGAAGAUGUGAAAUUUACAGAAAACUCCUUAAGCUUUUGCAGUGACUUUUUUCCUAACCAUUUUUAUACUAGUAGAGGUAAACAAUUUCAACAAAUAGUUGAAAAUGCUGAAUUAUCCAGAAACUUUUGAAGGUAAGGGGAGCUUUUCUAUGGACCCAGUCCUGCACCUGGACUCUGAAGGCCGAAUUUAUGCCUGCAUGGAUCAUGUUGGUCACUGGGCUCUUAUUUCCUUGGCCUCAAUCCUUAGAGACUUCCCUAUUAGUGAAAUAAUUGUUAUUUAGGGCAGCAAACAUGAAGGCCCAGCUCCUUAAAGUCUUUCUGUGCCUAAAUGCCAUCUGUAGACUUGUCUCUCUGCUUGUCUAAUGAACGUGCAGUUACCUUCUGAGGAGCCAGGUCUCCUCUCCAGAUCUUCAGGUGACCUUGACUGUGGAUCCGAGAGGCUCUGCUGAACUGGCAGUGGGACUGAAGCCCAGCUGCGUAUUUAGCUGGCAACCUGUGCUGAUUGGCACCUAGUUAAAUAGUUAAUGCUGAUGGCAGGGAAAGGGUUUACAACAGAAGGUGAUCCUGGAUACAGGGGUUUGUUACUCACAGCUGGAAGUCCCAAAGCAACCAGCAAGUACAGGCUACGCUCAGAGGCAGGAGCUCUGUACUCACAAGUGCCUAGGGGUAGACUUUGGGUUUGUUUCAGGUCCCUUAGAAAGCAGAACAUCUGUUUACACCUUUGCAUAUUUGUAGAGAUAUAAUGGUGGGUUUAUGUGUAUUCUUCUCCUGUAUAAGGGCUGUACUACAAAAGCAUCUUGUCAUUAAAAAAAAAAAAAAAAAUUAAAAAAAAUCCUUCCUUUCUUUCCACAAUCAACUGUUCAGAGAAUCUCAAUCAAUUCCUUUUGUCCUGUAGGAAGAAGUGUCCCUGUGAUGUCCUUGUUGCAGUAGUUACUCUUGUGUAAAGACUGUGCUGUGAGCUGGCGUGUAGUAUUUCCUGAAGGGGUGAUUUUGCUCUGUGCUUGAGGAACAGGGAACAAUGAACCGAGGGUGUAACUGACAAGUUCAGAAAGGAAUUUUUUUUAUGUGUGUAACCUUUUAUUAUGUGCAUAACUCUUGACUUUCACUCAUGAAGUCAUUUCAGUUGUUCUUUUGGUGUUCGUGUUUGUAUACACAUAUCCUAGGGAAAAGUAGCGUUUGGACCAAGAUUGUGUUUGGUAAAUGUUUUAUAUGGUUUCUCUUAAGGGUGACUUACUAUGCCUUGUCCUUCACAGAAGUUUUUCGUUUUUAAAAAUCUGAAGAAAUAUCUCUCCUAAUUAAUGGAGAGAAAAAUAAUGUAUUGCAUGGAAGAUACCCCUCUCCUGUUUGGUUUCAUACAUUCCAUUGUAUAUAAGAAUUUGCACCGAAUCGUCUGUCCUAAUUUUGUGCGAUUGCUAUACUAUCUCCCUGUCAUUUGCAGGAAAGGAAAGAGGAGUUACGGAAGAAAAAGGGGACUGGGAUGGAAUUGGACAUAAUGAGGGGAAAAUGGAAUGCAUGAAAAUGAUGCAUACAUGUGUGUGAAAAGAAAUCUGUUUGUAAACCUGUGCCAAAAGUGAGAGGGGAAUGGAUGAACAGUCCUUGUGUUAUGUUCUUCCAUCCAGGUGUAGUUCCAAGGCAGAGGGAGCACCAAGUGUUCAAAUGAUGUCCCUAGCAAAAAAGCAGAAGGUUGAUUUAAAAAAAGAAAAAGAAAACGUCACUUUUGUCGAUAUAGUGAAAAUUGAUAGUUAUUUAUAAUGGUAUAUGUGAUGAUUAUUCUUACAGAACUGAGAGCACCUUUAUGCGUCCGUGUGUGGGACUGUAUGAAGGAAUUAUGUCCCUUAAAUCCAUGUUAAACAACAAAUGAUGUAAUUCCUGUUGGUCAGUGUAACGUAUUGAAAGCCUUUUACAUAGCUUCCAUUUUUUAAACAACGGACUCUUCAGUACUGUUUCACACCCGCCAAAUGCAGAAAUGCUUGAACUACUGUGUACAGAGAAGAUACUCUGCAUGUGGGAGAACCUUGAAGAACCCUGUUUGCACUGAAAAAUCAUCACAUUGAAACUGUCGCUAUAAAAAAGGAAAAAAUCCUAUUUCUUACAAACUCUGUAUUAAAUGAAUCCUAUAGAAAGCACUUUGUAAUUCUUUCUAAUAAAAAAGUAUUAUCCUCAAGGAGAA